AUGCCCGACGACGCAGUCUCCUCCUUCAUUGGCGCCAAGCGCGACGCUCUCUACGCCUGGGCUGCUGCGCAGCGGGACGCGGCAAUCUCUCACGCAAAGGCUUCGGCCGAGGCCACCGCGGCCGGCGCGCGCGAGGCUGCGGCCUCCACUGCGGGCGCGGGCGCAGACUGGGCGGUGGAGGCGACGGCGGCCCCCCGCGCGCGAGCGCUCGGCGCGGCCCGCGAAAAGUACGCCGAGUACACCGCGAUGGAGGCGCGCGCGCUCGAGGUCUUGAACCGCGAGUCGCGACGGCUCGCGACGCAGGUGCUGGAGGCGGGCGAGGCGGCGCAGUCGAUCGCCGCUACGAGCGGUGCGGCUGCGGCGGCGCAGGCCGAAGCGUCGCUCGUCGCCGCGGCGCGGCAGGCGUCGGCGCGCGCGGCUGCCGCAAGCGACGCCUACCCCGAGGGCGUCGCGGCGGGUGCUGCGGUGGCCGGCGCGACGGCGAGCGAGACCGCGGCCGGCUCGGGGGCGGCGGCCGAGGCGGGCGCGGCGGCGGUCGGCGACAGGGCCGUCGAUGCGUGGCGCAGCGCGGCGGCUGGCGCGAGGCGGUUGGCGGGCGAGAGGCCGGCGGAGCUGGUCGGCGCGCCGCUCGCCUUCGUGGACGCAGUCCCGGCGCUGGAGCUGCGCUUCCCGCGCGGCGCCGAGGUGAGGCCGCGCCGGCUGCGGGGCCGCGCCGACCUCAACGGCCGAUCGGGUGCGGUGGCAAAGUACGACGCGCAGGGCGGGCGCGUUGGGGUGGACUUUCCGCCGCCGGUCGGGCUCGUGUCGAUCCGCGCCGCCAACCUUGAGAUCGGGAGGCACGAGCGCGCGAGGCGGCGGCUCGAGGCGGAGGAGCGGCGCCGGCGGCAGGAGUACGGCACGAGGAGGUGA